GCUCUGGGCCCUGGGCCGCCGGCUGGGCAGGGACCAUGGCCUCGCACCCGCUGCUGGUGCCCCCGCCGGCCGCUCUGCGCCGGCCGCUGUCCAUCCCGCAUCGCCUCCUGCUGGGGCCGGGCCCUGCCAACCUGGCCCCCCGCGUGCAGGCGGCCGGGGGGCUGCAGAUGAUCGGACACAUGCACGAGGAGAUGUUCCAGAUCAUGGACGAGAUCAAGCAAGGCAUCCAGUACCUGUUCCAGACCAGGAACCCCCUCACGCUGGCCCUGAGCGGCUCCGGCCACUGCGCCCUGGAGGCCGCCCUGGUCAACCUGCUGGAGCCAGGAGACCCCUUCCUCGUGGGCGUCAACGGCAUGUGGGGGCAGCGGGCCGCGGAGAUCGGGGAGCGCAUCAAGGCCCGCGUGCACCCCCUCGUCAAGGAGCCCGGAGAGCAGUGCACCCUGCAGGAGCUGGAGGAGAACCUGGCCCAGCUCAGGCCCGUGCUGCUCUUCCUCACCCACGGAGAGUCCUCCAGCGGGGUGCUGCAGCCCCUGGACGGUGUUGGGGAGUUGUGCCACAGGUACCAGUGUUUGCUCCUGGUGGACUCCGUGGCCUCCAUUGGUGGAGCCCCCAUCUACAUGGACCAGCAAGGCAUCGAUGUGCUCUACUCCGGCUCCCAGAAGGCGCUCAAUGCGCCCCCCGGCACCGCCAUCAUCUCCUUCAGUGACCGGGCGAGAGACAAGAUCUACGGCCGGAAGACCAAGCCCUUCUCCUUCUACCUGGACAUGAAGAUGCUGGCCAACAUCUGGGGCUGCGAUGGCCAGCCCAGGACGUACCACCACACCAUCCCGGUCAUUGGUCUGUACAGCCUGAGGGAGAGCCUGGCCAUCCUGGCGGAGGAGGGCCUGGAGAGGAGCUGGCGCCGGCACCGCGAGGUGACCACCUAUCUGCAGAAGCGUCUGCAGGGGCUCGGCCUGCAGCUCUUCGUGAAGGACCCGGCACUGCAACUGCCCACGGUGACCACGGUGGCCGUGCCCGCUGGCUAUGACUGGAGGGACCUGGUGCGGUACGUGCUGCAGCACCACGACAUCGAGAUCACGGGUGGCCUGGGGCCCACGGCGGGGAAGGUGCUGCGCAUCGGGCUGCUGGGCUGCAACGCCAGCCGGGAGAACGUGGACCGGCUGCUGGACGCCCUGCAGGACGCGCUUCGGCACUGUCCCCACAGCCGCCUGUGACCCCAUCUGACACUGCCACUGCGCGAGGGGGGGGGGGCCCUUCCAGAGUCACCCACUGAGGUGCCGAGCCCCGCCUUCUGGUAGAUCCUUCUAGAAGUGGCUGUGAGGCAAGCAGCUACUAACCUUGGCGUACAGAAUGUUCAGUAAAGAGCAGGGCUGUGUCCGUCCCUGUGUGGGGCUUUCUGUCCUCA